AUGCGGUGCUCUGCGCGGCGUGCCAACGUGGCGGCGCUGUACGAGUUCGUUGAUGGCAACUUCCUCAACAACAAGCGGCCCGCCAUCCCGGGUGGGGCGUGGCCGCUGGAGAGCUUGCGCCGCAAGAGUCUUGCCGACCUGCAGCAAAUAUGGUUGUCCUUGCUGAAGGAGCGCAACAUGCUGAGCACCAUCAAAGAACACUACCUGAGGCAUCAGGAGGAGCUUGGGGCGAUGCCGGCGCCGUCGCGGCUGAAGAUGGUAGAGGAGUCGAUGGAAAAUGUGAAGAAGGUCGUGAAGGAGCGCGACGCCGAGGCGACGGCCGAGGCCGUGCGCAUCUUCAAGGAGCGUCUCGCCAAAGGCAUCUACCGCUACCCACCAGGGCCGCCACCCCCACCUGGGGCCCACGAUCCGACGAGCACGGUGAAGCUGGUGCUGAGUCGCCGCGUCGACGAGGAGCGGCUGCGGGAGUUGCUUGGCCGCUUCGACGUGUUUGAGGCGCACAAGGGCAUUGUGACGCUCACGAUGCAGCUGCCCGAGGAAGUCCUGACGCAGAAGCGCGAUGCGGAGCAACUGUGGCAGCAGUACAUGGCAGAGCGGCGCGAUGUGGAGGAGUACUACAAGUGGCCGGGCAGCAGCACGGGGAAUGCCGAGUCGGCAAGUGUGUACGACCACACGGUGGUGGAGCUUGCCCCGGGGGUGUACAGUGGACACGGCGGCACAUCAGCAGAAGAGUCGAACUGUGCGGGCGACAGCAACGCCGGCGCUCACGGCGUCGUCCAGGCAGCGCGGCUGUCGGUGCCACCACCCAAGACCCGGCCCCCGCCCCCGCGCAGCCCACUCGACCACAUCAAGUACCAGCAGCGCUCUGUUCUCAGCAAGGCGGUCAUUCAGCUCGGCUACUUCCCCAACAUCACGACAACGGCGCCGCGGUUCACCAAGGCGGAUGACGUGCCGCGUCCCGUACACCCGGACGAAAUCGAGGGUCCGUGGGAGGUGCGCGUCACCUACGACACAAAGGACGGACUGGCCUACGUGCAGUCUCUCGCCCUGACGUCCAUCGACGGUGCCGCUGUGCUCUCCGUGGAGGAGGAGUUUCCCGCAGCGGCGCAGCCGUACGCUGCCGUGGACCCGGCCUACCAGGAGGCCGUCCGCUGCGAGAUGGCGCAGGAAGAGACCCUGAUGAAGUGGCCGAACGUGCCAGCGUGGAAGUACCAGUACGACCUCUACACCAAGAAGCACAUUGCCCAGGUGGUGCAGCACAACUACUCGAACGUGGUCGACUACAUUGACCGCGAGGUGCUCCUGACCGGUCGCUCCGUCUGGGAGUCACCGAUCGACAUCGACCCCACGUGCGGCGGCAUGAAGUCGGUGCCGGCGCACGCGAAGAAGCCAAAGCGUUACAUGACACACGGCUUGGGCGAGGUCGGGGUGACGGACAUCUAG